UCAAUUCUCUCGAUUUCUACCCCGACUUGAAAAGGAAAGAAAAAACAUCACCACAUCUCCACAACUUGCUCCAAACGAAAACCCCAAGCUCAAUCCCCCAAUAAACCGUCAUUACCCUCAAAAUAAUAAUCACCCCAAAUGCAUAUCCUCUCAUUAAUUAAAUGCCAAUAAAAUUAGUGUAUUUUUUAACUGUGGCGACUGCAUCGCCAGAAUGGAUUAUGGCAGGCGGCUUGUACUAUAAAUACACCGAUUGGACGGGGUAAACAAACUUGACCUCAUCGGAAUUCUUAUCGGCUUGCAUCAGGGCAUUUCUCGAAGGAGACAGAGCUGAUUGAUUUCAACGGUCAUUUUUGAAUAAGAGCCGAGGGGAUUGACUGGAACAUUGAUAACGGUGGUAAAGGCAAAUUCAAGGAUGAAGUGGUCACCAGCUCCGUUGUUUAGUGAACAAGUCACUGAAUUGACGCGGGUAUUUUCACAGUGGAAUGAGUGCGAACAGACUGUUGUACUUUAUGCACUUUUGAGGGAGAUACCUGCGGUACAGGCGAAAUUCUUGGCCGAGGCUGUACAACAUUCGCUACAGGCUGUGCCAGAUCUUGAUACACAAGAAUUAAAUGCUAAUAAUCCAGCCUUCAUAAAUUCGCUGGUAACAGAGCCCACAGAUAAUGCAAUCCAUCAGCUUCUGAUGCAUUUGCCACUCCUUCGUCCAGGAAACGCAGAGUGCAAACGAGCUUACCUGGUGGUAAUUCCAGAGAUUCUGUCGCAUGCACUGCAGACCCCCCGUUACACAGAGCAAACCCAACAGCUUCUCAGCUACACAUUAAUCCACCCAGCAAUAACAAACCAGGAACGUCGAUCUCUCUCACAGCUUAUGAAACAUCUCCAAGAUAGGAUAAGCUGUAGUCCAGCCAUUCACAGCCUCGACGAGUACACAAACACUCCCAUAAGAUGGGACCCAGCGUGGCAGAGAUUAACCAACAAGCCUCAACCAAACAAACAGACCAACUUCGACAAUUUCCGAGGCUCUGGGAAUGGAUUCAGUCUGCACUUUCAGCAGCCUGUGGCACGACAGAGACGAUCUAACAGUCUGACCCCACCUGUAGCACCUCCACAUCAUUUAGAAAUAGCAGAACGUACGAAUAACACGAAUAAUGCAACAAGACACAAGCCAAGGAGCUUCAGUGUCUCUGGAGACAACUCAAGUCUCAUUGGAUUGGGUCCACUGAGUCCCCAGAGCUCGUGCACAUCUUCUGGAAGUGAGGGACGACUCGAUGAGGCAUCGAGUAGAACUCUGUCCAGUGGAAUGAGGGAUGUACCUGCCUGGCUCAAGACACUUCGUCUUCACAAGUACAGUUAUCUAUUUGCUACGAUGAGUUACGAAGAGAUGCUGGAGCUGACUGAGGACCAGUUGGCUGAGCAGGGUGUGACAAAGGGUGCUAGGCAUAAACUCGCAUUGUCUAUUGCCAAGCUCCAGCAGCGGUACAGUACGUUGAUUAAUCUCGAGAAAGAUCUCAUUCAACCUGCCAGAGAGGGCAGUCAACCAGGCUCGUUCUCACAAGCACCUACUCUCUUAGUUUCUACGCUUGACGAAUUAAAUACCAUUUUGGCAACACCAUUCAAACCCAGUCAAGAAAAUGACGUGCAGGAUAUCCCUGGACAGUUCACUAGGGUUCUCGGAAAAUUGUGCAGCAGAUUAGCAUUGGAGAGUGUGGAUGAUGGUGUAUUGUGUGCUUGCAUUAACAUUUUGGAAAAGGUGCUCCAACAUGACUGCUUCACUCCAAAUCAGAAGGAAAAGGUGCAGCAGUGGCGCAGUCGAUUGGGAAAUCCACGACCAACACCCAAGUGGCAGCAUAUUAAUUAUGGCUACAACAGCAGAAGAUUUGGCAAUCCUCAAUCUCACAAUUCAUCCCACUGCAGAAAACCGAGCCUCAAUUUGCCACAUCUUCACACCAAUCAUGCUCAGAGCACUAGUUUUAUGGUCAGUCCGCAUAGGAACAGUAUUUCUACGCCGUAUUUACAGAACAAUCACAAUCAAGGAAUGAGCCAGGGUAAUCUACGAACCAUUCACACCACCGAAAAACGACCCAGUCUGCAAGAAAACAGUCUCGAGUUACUCCAAAAAACUCUGCAACGUACGUACAGUGCUCCACGUGAUCACUUUUUGAGACAACCAAGCCCACCGUUGGAGACAACAGAUCCAGAAAUAAAUUCACGUCUCGAGUCCCUCUGUCUGCGGAUGACCGAGCAAGCCAUCGGAGGCUUUGGUGAGGCCUAAACAAUUUUUUCUUUUUUUCUUCCUCCACUCUGAAUUCCCUCCCCCUUUAUGUAUAUCUCUACCCAGAAUUCAUCAUCACUAUAUAAAGAAAAACACAGAGAAAAAGGAAAAAAAAAGUUUAAAAUAACGGUAAAAAAGUAAAAAAAAAACAGCAGUGACCUACCCCGUAAUUUGUUUUGUCUCUAAGAAUGAAUUUGUAAAUGACAUUUUAAUGAAAACAGGAACAUUUGUGACUGUAUAACAUAUUUAAU